GGUGUUUGUCUGUCAGCUUGUGAAGUGUGUCAGUCGGGCCAUUCCACAGCAGGGGUUGAAACUGGGUAUCAGUGCGGGUGACUGUCCUUUCAACUUUAUUCUCACUCUGCUGUUGGUCCCACACUCAGUAAAUGACUUAGUGCCACUCAAAAGCAGAUCAGCAUACUUACAGGUCAGCGUGUUAAUGACUGGACCGUAGCGUUUUCCGCUGAGGCUGACAAAGGCCAGGUGGAGGUGGGGAGUUUAUAAAGGGGGGAAAGGUAGCCAAGUGGAGAUGUUCUCUGGACCUGUAUAGUCCUGCAGGCCUUGGCCUUCUCAUCUGUGACCACCAGCUGCUCCGCUGCACUGAGGCCUCAAACACAGGAAGUGAACUGAACUUCAAACCCAGGAGAAUAUCCAUCACAAAUGAGUGGUCUUCCUCCCAUGGCCAGGGUACCAUGGACAGUGUCCAUGCUGUUACUGCUGGUGCUCUACUCUCCUGGGGUGGCCCCAGCCCCGGCCCAGCACCUCUGUGGCUCCCACCUGGUGGACGCCCUGUACUUCGUCUGUGGCGACCGGGGUUUCUUUGUGAGCCCGAGUCGAACCAACAAGAGGGACCUGCAGCAUCUGCUCGGGUUCCUGACUAAAAGGGCCAGACAGGAGCAGCGGCUGUGGAAGGCUCUGUCUGGCCGAGAUGAGCCCAAGGUGAAGAGAGGCAUCGUGGAACAGUGCUGCCAUAAGCCGUGCAGCAUUUACCACCUGGAGGCCUACUGCGACUGACUCGCUGCUCACUACUCAUAGCUUGUAAAAAAAAAAAAAAAAAAAAAAAAAAAAGGUCCCAGAGUCAAUUUCUGGUUGAAUACUUGCAGGCUAUGUCUUAUCAACUGAAGGAAAUAAAGCUUCAUGACCCAUAACCCAA